UAAAAACUUGACUAAAUGUAUAUGUCUUUGUAAAUUCAUGCAAAGCUUCUAAAGUGGUGUGUUGUGGUAUGGUGUAUCUAUUAAUUUUUAAAGUCGUGUUGACUGAAAAACAAACCAAAACAUGCACAAAAUGGGAGUUUAAUGACGUAGAUAUGAAGGGGAUCACAUAAGCACAAAUAGUCACUAAGAGUUGUACUGGUUGGAAUCAGGGAUAGAAAAUCAGGUCUGACUCGAGUUACAAAACAAACAAACACUUGCAUUGUUUUUGCAGGCUCUAAUUUAUAAAUCAACUCAAGUUUUAAAGGGUGCUCCAGAGUCCAGAAGGUUCUGCAAAGUGUGGCAAUCCGAAGAAUCACAACUGGUCCUCAAAAAUCUUUUAAUUUUGUGGUGUCAUUACCAUUUGAUUCAAGUAAAAGUUAUAUUUCUUUUGGAUAAAGAUGCCUUUAUAUUUAUCAAGGAAAUCCUUUGAUAGCUCAUUAAAAAAAAAAAAAAAAAUGCAAGAGGGUUUAUAAACUAAAAUCUGCUGUAUAUAGAAACUAUUACCGUAAAGAAUUUAUGACAAAAGACAAAUUACGACUUGGACUGUGUGUCAGAAACAUGUUCGGCUAGAACAAUGGGAGUGGUAGGAGAAGAGAUAAAGUUUGAGAAAGAGAGAGGGCGCGAUUUCUUAACAUUCCUUACUCAAUGGCCCUGCCCUACGCUGCAGUACCGCUGUAAUGACGGGUGGCGCUGUUGAUUUAGUGGCUGUGAGCGCUCAGGAGAGCUAUAUGUUGAUUGGUUGAAAGAGUUCGUUACGUCAAGCGCUCCCGCGGAAGUUCCGAGGUUUGGAAAAUAGAGGUUAUGCUGCAUCGAGCACAGCGGGUGAAGGAGACGUUUACCUGUAAAUACAGUAAGAGUAAAGCCAUGAGCUGAGGCUCCCAAAACCCGCCUUUCUCAAUGAUGAACGACAAACUGGUGUUCCUGGGUCUCCUUUACUUCAUCCAGGGCAUUCCAUAUGGCCUGCAGUCGUCUUUGCUCCCGGUGUACCUGCGUGGUGCUGGCCACUCCCUCACCCGCAUCAGCCUCACCAAAAUCCUCUAUUUCCCCUGGGUGCUCAAGGUACUCUGGGCCCCUCUGGUGGACCGGACUUGUACCAAGCGCUGCUGGUUAGUGGGCACAGUGGCUGGUCUAGCCCUCACCUGUUUGGUGAGCGCUACCAUCUCACCUGAUGUUCAGUACAUGGGUGUAGCGGGCUCCCUGCUCGCUAUGAACGUGCUGGCAUCAGUGCAGGACAUUGCGGCAGAUGGGGAGGCUGUGCGGCUGCUCAGGGGUCAGGGGGAGCUGGGUCUAGGAAACACUGUGCAGGUGGUGGGGUAUAAAGCUGGGUCUGUGUUUGCUGGAGGGGGGCUCCUGGCUGUGAUUGAUGUUGCAGGCUGGGGCUGGAUGUUUGCACUGCUGGCUUGCGUGUACGGUGGUGUUGCUCUGUUCGUGUGGGGUGCCCCGGUGUUGGAUGGAGAGUCUCCGCAGGGACAGGGAGAAGGAAGGAGAGGGUCAAAGGAUGUGAUGCAGCCAUGGAAGGUGUGGAGGAAGUUCUUGUCUGUGCCAGGAACGCCAUGGACAAUGUUCUACGUUCUCACUUACAAACUAGGUGAACAGGGGGCUAUCACCAUGUUUCCUCUCUUCCUCCUGGACCACCACAUGACAGCCAGAGAGCUCGGGGUGUGGAAUGGGGUGGUUGCCAUGGCGUUUUCCAUCUGCGGCUCAUCAAUCGGGGGCUUCUUGCUCUCUCAGUACAGUAUUGGCCUGCUGAUGAGACGUGUGUUUAUGAUGCGGACUGUCAGCAUGGUCUUCCAGAGCUCACUUCUCGUAGUGCUGGAGCCCUCGGCCUUGAUGAAAGGUUAGAAAUGCACGUACCUGUACACACUAAAGUAUACAAACAUGGUGAUGUACCAGCAUUGGUAUUAGUGCAGACUUAUAUUAUUUUAUUUUAUUUUGAAAUUCAAUAUGGUGCCGCUCAUUAUGCAGUAAUUGCACUUCAUUGGUCCACUGCUUUGUAAAUAAAAGGAAGGGAGAAA